CAUGCAAUUGUCCAAAAUGUCUUGGCAUAUCGACUCCUUAAGAGUUCCCUUCACUGGAAACGAAGUUCGAAGGUCUUUCACUAUUGACUCUGCAGAUAGCUGGCAACUUCAUGCUUCAGCAUGUGCUGACACCUCUGUCAUUUUACCUGGCCUACCGCUGUUGUUCCCAGUUGCUUCCACUUUGUUAUAAUACCACUAACAGUUGACUGUGGAAUAUUUAGUAGCAAGGAAAUUUCACGGAUGGACUUAUUACACAGGUGACAACCUAUCACGGUACCACGCUUGAAUUCACUGAGCUCCUGAGAGCGACCCAUUCUUUCACAAAUGUUUGUAGAAGCAGCCUGCAU